UUGGCUAAAUAAAGUGUUGCUUGGUUGUCUCAUGCGCCUACGUCACGAGUCAGUCGUCAACCGUCACCCGAGCGGAGCGGUUGUGUUUAAGACGACUGUAUAGUGUUGUGGUGUUGGUGAGCCGUAAUACUCCAAGAGGCAGGACAUUACAUGUGGCGACGAGGAAAAUAGUAAGUACACAUUUGUGGAAAUAAAAAGGGGAAAGAUAGUGAAAUAAGUGACGUCAUUCCCAGAGUUCUUUGCCUAUAAUUUGCUAUGAACCGGUUGUUUAAAUUAUUCGCUAUUGAUACCAAAACAAUUGCAUCUUCACUUCUUUACGAUUGUAGAUAAUUUUGUUCUUGACGGAAAUAUGAACAGCACUUACUUUGGUCGCUCUAAAGAUGUCACUCCUUUCACUGGAACAGUUCGACUGCAACGGUGAAUCUACCUCGAUGGGUGCACGAUGGGAGCGAUGGAAACGAGCACUAUUAAUUUACCUCGAAGCGUCGAACAUUGAUAAAGACGUAAAGAAAAGGGCCUCUCUUCUACAUUUCGGCGGAAUAGACUUACAGGAAGUAUUUUACAACAUCCCUGGGGCUAAUGUCGAACCAACUGAAGGCGAAGACGUGUUUGAAGUAGCGAUAUCUAAACUUGAUGCCUACUUUGCACCAAAGCAGAGCAAAGUUUACGAGAGACAUAUAUUCAGGCUCCUUAAACAAGAACCUGACGAAAAAUGUGAAAAAUUUGUUUUGAGACUGAGAAAACAAGCUGAUAAAUGUCAGUUUGCCAACAGAUAUGAAAACAUUAUCGACCAAAUAACGGAAAAAUGUUUCCUACCCGAACUGAGGAAAAAGAUAUUACGGAUUGGAGAUGAAAUUACAUUAGAGCAAGUAAUAACCGAAGCAAAUACUCUUGAAGUUGUUAAUAAACAAUUAGAAGAGUUUAAAACCCCGCUAAAAUCAAUCGAGAAUCAAGAAGUAAACAGGAUAGAUAGUAAAUUUAAAAGGAACUUUGAUACAUCAAGGAAUGUGGAAUAUGGAUGCGGUAGAUGUGGUAAUCUUAGACAUGCUGGAAAUGAUACGAACUGCCCAGCAAGGGAUAAAGAAUGCCUAAAAUGUGGUCUUAAGGGGCAUUUCAGACAAUACUGCCGAACGAAACAGACCUUGAAACGGAAAGGGGAAAGAGAAUAUAGAUAUGAACAUAAGAAAGGUCGUUUCAACAGGAAGAAGAAUGAAGUUAAUCAAGUGGGUGAAUCUUCUAACAACAUAGUACAUAAAGACGGAGAAACUGAGUAUGUUUUUCAUAUUGAUGACGAUGUGUAAAUAUAAAAGAAAAACCAAGUUAAGGUGUAUAAUCAACUUUCAAAACCCGAUGUUACAUUUAUAACUUAUGGUAGC